AUGGUGCUCACCAGCUUUUUACCUGCACCUACUCAGCUAUCUCAGGACCAGCUUGAGGCCGAAGAAAAAGCAAGAUCCCAAAGAUCACGGCAGACUUCACUGGUCUCAUCCCGAAGAGAACCUCCCCCUUACAGGUACCGGAAAGGAUGGAUACCUCGUUUAUUAGAGCAUUUUGGAGAUGGAGGAGCCUUUCUAGAGAUCCAUGUGGCCCAAUACCCAUUGGAUAUGGGAUUAAAAAAAAUGUCGAAUGCACUAGCCAUUCAGGUGGAUCCUGAAGGAAAGAUUAAAUAUGAUGCAAUCGUUCGACAGGGACAGUCAAAAGACAAGGUCAUUUAUCGUAAAUACACUGACCUGGUUCCAAAGGAGGUUAUGAAUGCAGAUGAUCCAGACCUGCAAAGACCCGAUGAAGAAGCUAUUAAAGAGAUAACAGAAAAGACAAGGGUAGCCUUAGAGAAAUCUGUAUCACAGAAGGUUGCUGCCGCCAUGCCAGUUCGAGCAGCUGAUAAACUGGCUCCUGCUUAGUAUAUCCAAUAUACGCCAUCUCAGCAAGGAGUGGCUUUCAACUCUGGAGCUAAACAGAGAAUUAUUCAAAUGGUAGAAAUGCAGAAAGAUCCAAUGGAGCCACCAAGGUUCAAGAUUAAUAGGAAAAUUCCCCGGGGACCACCUUCUCCUCCUGCACCUGUCAUGCAUUCUCCCAGCAGAAAGAUGACUGUAAAGGAACAACAAGAGUGGAAGAUUCCUCCUUGCAUUUCAAACUGGAAAAAUGCAAAGGGUUAUACAAUUCCAUUAGACAAACGUCUAGCUGCUGAUGGAAGAGGACUACAAACAGUACAUAUAAAUGAAAAUUUUGCCAAACUGGCUGAAGCCCUCUACAUUGCCGAUCAGAAGGCCUGUGAAGCUGUGGAUAUGCAUGCCCAAGUAGAGAGAAAGAUGGCUCAAAAAGAAAAGAAGCAUGAAGAGAAACUUAGAGAAAUGGCCCAAAAAGCCAGAGAGAGGAGAGCUGGAAUCAAAACCCAUGUGGAAAAAGAGGAUGGGAAGGCACGUGAGAGAGAUGAAAUCCGGCAUGAUAGGCGAAAAGAGAGACAGCAUGAUAGGAAUCUUUCCAGAGCAGCUCCUGAUACGAGGUCUAAACUGCAGAGAAAUGAAAAUCGGGAUAUCAGUGAAGUCAUUGCUCUUGGUGUGCCCAAUCCACGUACUUCCAAUGAAGUUCAAUACAACCAGUGGCUCUUCAACCAAUCCAAGGGUAUGGACAGUGGAUUUGUAGGUGGAGAAGAUGAAAUUUAUAAUGUUUAUGAUCAAGCCUGGAGAGGUGGUAAAGAUAUGGCCCAGAGUAUUUAUAGGCUCAGUAAAAAUCUGGACAAGGACAUGUAUGGAGAUGAUCUAGAAGCCAGAAUAAAGACCAACAGAUUUGUUCCCGACAAGGAGUUUUCUGGUUCAGACCAUAGACAGAGAGGACGAGAGGGACCAGUUCAGUUUGAGGAAGAUCCUUUUGGUUUGGACAAGUUUUUGGAAGAAGCCAAACAACGUGGUGGCUCUAAAAGACCUUCAGAUAGCAGCCGUCCCAAGGAACAUGAGCAUGAAGGCAAGAAGAGGAGAAAGGAGUCGAUAACACCUCUCUUCAUAGUGAAUGGACUAAUAACCCUACUGAUGCAAGUCAGAUGCGGGAACACUUUGUAAAUGGUGAAGGUAAAAACCAAAUCUGGGUGCCAGAUCCCAGCGCUACUUUUUAUUACUGAAGUAGAGGGGAUAAAAAAAAUUCUACUUUGAACUAGUUUUUU